AUGAAACAUUUCUUUUUCUUUUUUUUGACUGUUAUAUAUCUUUUUUUAUUAAAUGAAAUAACUAGUUUAAAAUUUACAAAAAAAAACUUGUUAUUUAUAUACAGUAACUUUGAUCUUUUUAACAACAAAAUAUUAAAUAGUUCAUUAAAUACACUAAAAAAUAAAAGGAAAACAAAAUUAAAAAUUUUAUCCUCACCUGAAAAGGAUGAAGAAAUAUAUUAUGAAUUAAAUCAUGAAAAUGUAGAAAAAGUUUUAAAUUUAAUAAGACCAAAAUUACAAAUAGAUAAUGGUGACGUUGAAUUAGUAAAGAUAAAAAAUAAUGAUUUAUAUAUUAGACUACUAGGAAACUGUGUUACUUGUAGUUCUAAUAGUGUUACUGUAUCACAAGUUAUCAAAAAAACUUUAAAAAAGUAUAUUAGGAAUGAAAAAAAAGAAGAACCAAAUGUAAUAAUAACUAAUUUUGAUGAAAUUAACAAAGAAAAUAUACAAAAUUGUCUAAAUCAAUUAAAACCGUAUUUUGAUUUCUUAAAAGUAGAAAUAAUAAUUAAAGAUAUAGUAAUUAAUAAAGAAAAUAUUAAUAAUUCUGUUUCUUUAAAAUUUCAAAAUUUUGAUGAUAGUGAAGAAAUAAAAAUACCAUUUAAUAUAAAAAAUGAAGUAACAGAAAGAUUAAAACAAAAAUUUCCCACUUUAACUGUUAAUUUUGAAAAUUAA